AGAAAGCGAGUCAGACAUUUUGUACAUGCGUUUCGUAAUCAUUGCUCAUUACAACAAAGGGAAACGUACAUAAAACGUUUUGAAAUAAGUAACAUGGGUUCAAAUAAAAGUGAUACAGUGGCAGUAAUAGUGAAAAACAAUACAAAACCAUACGGAAAAAUAGUGCUAUCCCUUAAAAACCAACUACUACCCGACGAUAAGCUAGAAACCACGCCAUCACAGACCGACGGCUUAGAGAAUGAUAUCGAAACCGAUUUGCGAAUUUACGGAUGCGAGCUCAUACAGACCGCCGGAAUUCUACUUAAAUUACCUCAGGUAGCAAUGGCUACUGGGCAGGUUUUACUGCAACGUUUCUAUUAUUCAAAAAGUCUAGUGCGUCAUCCUGUUGAACAAACAGCGAUGGCCUGUAUUUGUCUAGCGUCUAAAAUCGAAGAGGCGCCACGACGCGUUCGAGACGUUAUCAACGUCUUUACUCACAUCCGUCAAGUCACAUCGAACAAGACGCUUACGCCAGUUAUUUUGGAUAACAAUUACAUACAACUUAAAAAUCAAGUAAUUAAAGCCGAACGGAGAGUUUUAAAGGAGUUGGGGUUUUGCGUCCACAUCAAGCAUCCGCAUAAGAUCAUUGUGAUGUACCUUCAGGUGUUGGGCUACGAGAAGCAUCAGCAGCUGAUGCAAUAUUCCUGGAAUUACAUGAACGACUCCCUUAGGACGGACGUUUUCGUUCGCUACCAGCCGGAAACGGUCGCGUGCGCCUGCAUUUACCUAACCGCUCGUAAACUUAAGCUACCUCUGCCCAAAAAUCCCGCCUGGUUUUCGCUGUUUGGCGUCACCGAGCAAGAAAUACGAGAUGUCAGCCUGCGAAUUUUGAGACUAUACGCAAGAUCAAAAAUUAACGUCGACACAUUGGAGAAGAAAAUCGAGGAGUUGUGUAAAAAGUAUCAGGACGCCAAGAUAAAGUUGAGGGGGAACUCGGGUAACAACACGCCAAAUAAUAACAGUCCGUCUAGUCCGAGCGCGCAAAAAUCGUCGGGGGCGCACAACGCCUGGGGCGGUUUUAUCAGCCGAUCGGGCAGUCACAUCGUGCCGGCCGCCGAAAAGCGCUCGCGAUCCAAGUCGCCUAGUCACUCGCCCGUCAGUAAACACCACAAACGAUCGAAGAAGCACGCGCGAUCGAGAAGUCGGACGCCGAGCAGAAAUCACAAGAAAGGUCACAAGCGAAGGUCGAGCUAUUCGAGGUCGCGCAGUAACUCGCCACACAAUAAAGUUGCAAGGAAGACUAGGGAUAAACGAAGAUCGAGAUCCAUAAGCAAUGACAAAGAGGUAAAGAACGACAGGUACAUAGAUCGUUAUGAUAAGCAUGAAAAAAACGAUCGUUACGAGAAGGACAAGUAUAGCAAAGAGGAUAGGUAUAGCAGCGGUAACAAGGAGGAGCGCGACAGAGAUAGAUACAUCGAUAAGGAUAGGUACGACGAGAAGGUCGAACGUAAAGAUAGGCACGAAAAGAACGAUAAGAAGUACGAACGCGAGUACAGGGAGGACAGGUAUAAGGAAGAUAGGCAUUCGAAUCGCGACGAAAAGGAUAGGUAUAAGAAGACGAAACACAGAGAGGAAGAUAAAGAGAGGGAUCGUUCGAAGGACAAGCGAAGAUAAUGUAGAUAAUUCGGGAGGGAGGACGUUUUAUAGAUCUCGUUCUGAGAAAUUUUUUUAAUCGCAAUUAUAAUCAUCUCGGUGUACAAUUUUAAUGAGAGAGUUGAUGGUUUAAUUGUAAGAUAAUGUAUUUUUCCAUUUUGUUCAUUUUUACGUGUACAUAUUUGCAUAACAUAAAUAAUUCAUUUUAAAUAAACAAUAUAUUUUAGU